AUGCUGUAUGGACGCAUGCUACGGCGGAUAAUCCGCACAAUGAGAUUCUACUUUUAUGGAUUCCACUUUGGGGAAGGGUCCAAUCUCCGGCUACUAAAAAGGUUUAUGUCCCAUGGGAAAAGUUUAGGCUUGUCUUACCUCUCUGCUGCGUUCGGACUCCCGCUACAUAGUACUUCUGACACCGGAGAAGAUGUAAGAUUGAUCCAUCUUUUGAACUUCAGAGGUGAAAAACGACUUCCAGUUCACGAGCUCCUUCAAUCGAUAGAGAAUCCGUAUCGGUUGUCGAUAUCAGUUAUAGAUGGUUGCCGUUCGGGGGUGCUUAGGACCAGAGGUACUUGCAUGCAGACCGGAGAGGAGGAGGAAAACUUAGAAUGUCGUCUUUUGCGACAUAACCAGGGCCCUCUUGCCCAAAUUGAAACGUUAAAUCCACGAUGCGAUGUCCAUCUUUUUCAUUUCAUAAUUUCCUGGAAAAAAAGAAUUAACUAA